CGGACAUCUGUAAACCAUAUUCAACCGAGAUAGGCGGAUGAUUCAUGCCGGUAUUUUACGGGGUAUAUAUAAAGCAAGCAGAUUUUACCGGUACUUUGGGACUGUAAUUAGUUAAUGCAUGUUUAACAUCUCUCUUUUACCGAUCUUGUACACAUAUGUACUCCAAUUAGGUAACGUGUUCUACUUCAGAGCUCUGUUUACACCUGGUGUUUUAAACCGACUCUAUAUUUAGACUAGAACUACCUGUACACAUUAUGUUUUUGCUGACGUACCGUUCAUGCGUUAUCUUAUUUGUACUAUUUAUACUCAGUUCGCCGUUGGAAUCAUGUCAUUGCGGUCGAUGUAAGCUGUCUGACCUGUCGUGUGAUGAAGCAAAGACAAACUACAUCGACGACAAUUGCGAUCAGUACGAUCCUGAAGAAGUCAAUAAUGACUUACAAAAAGCGAAGUAUAAUUGGGAGCUUGACCGCAUUGUGACGCAAAUCAAGUGCAAGGUAUACAAGAGUAAAAACGACCUCUGUGACUUAACAAAAGACAUUAAACAUAUGCUUAGGACCAACUGCAGCAACAAAUCAUAAGAGCAAGCUGACCAACUGAGCAACAUGUUUCCGGAAUAUCAUCAUUUGUGAUGAUGCAUAUGUUUAUCCAUGUAUAUUCAGUCAUCCGACAGAGAUUUCAAUACAUACACUUUCACACGUGCUUGACAAUAUUACUGCCGUUUCAAGUGAGCGAAUUUCUAUAUAGCUUAUCCUUGUUAUUGAGAAAAUGACAAAAUUACUUUUAAAAAAACCCAGACGCACACAUUACUCACCUACUGUGUUCAAUUCUGUCAGUUAAAAGCCAUUUAAAACAUGAAGCUACCAGAGGAUAGAAAGGGUAUGAAAAUAGUGUUAAGCCAUCACCUUUUCUGAUUCGGUAUCCUUAUUCAUUUUAAUGGCACGUGAUAUAUUCAGACAGAAGAAACGAUUAAGCAGUAUACAUGUACCACCUUUACGUCAAGUUGUUCAUAUACUAAAAUAUCACGUUAUAAUGUUAGAACAGUAAAAUGCUACAAUGCCAAUUACAUGAUAUGAAGAUGAAAGGCAUCAAUGUUUACGUUUUUUAUUAAAAAGUCAUCAAUAUAUUCGUGUUCAUAGUUUUUACAUCAUA